CGGAAGCAGCUGCGUUGGAGUGGUCCUGUUUGUCCUCGAUAUUGAUAACACCAUGCAGCCAGAUGCAGACAAAACCAGGGUACGAAUUAGGAAACCGGACAUGGUUCUGUAUGUCCCAAGAGCAAGACGUGAGAUGGCAGUCUCAAAAAGUGGCCCUUCGGCGGCCACCAAAUGUGGGAGGGAGAGUCACUGCUCCACCACAGAAAAGGAGAGUGUUAAAGCCUGUGAGGCAGGACCAAACCCUAAAACUAGGAAAGGGCUGCUUCAGAAUGACCAGGGAAAUGCCAGGUCUCCUCAGAAAGAGAGAAGAACUUUUCCCCAGGACUCAAGCCAUAAUGAUGCUUUCUGCCAAAGGAACCAAGACACAAAGGCUCAGGGAGAGAAGAGUCCAAAGUUCCGUCAGAAGGCUACAUCACAUCACUUGUUCCCUUCCUCCAGCUUCCCGGACCCAACUCUUACUGGAGUGAAUGAAACAGAGACACAUGAGUGCUGUACUGUACAAUCAGCUGCCUCGGGGGAAAGAAUGGCUGAUUUCCAGCCAGAGAUUAGUGGUGUUAACAUCUCAUGGAAAAAUGAGCCUAUCUGCCCAUCAGAAAGGCAGGUCACCGACAGUACCAAGAGUGCAGUAGUUGUCUCAGAAGCAGUAGGAACGGGUGAAAGUGGUAUGCAGGAUUCCUUGGAACAGAAAAUGCUAAGCAAAGAUAGCAAGUUGCUUUUCAAGAACAACAGAACAAAGCCUUUAAGUAAAGGUGGUUCAGAAUUGACUGGAAUAAGUGAGAACAGUAAAUCUGGAACUGCAGACCAGAGGAUUCCGGAUAACAUAGAGACACAUAGUUCAUCCAUCUGCACAGAGGAAGGAAACUCUGAUUCAGCACACAUAAGUAACUGUGAUUUGCUGGAGCACAUUGAUAAAAGCAACCUCUUUCCUACGGAGAUAACCAAGUAUAAUAGAUGCAAAUGUACAGAGCAAAGCAACUCCAGUCAAACGGCAAUGAGUGACACUAGCGUCUUAGAAUGUGCUGUGGUAGAGCCAAAGGAAUGUAGUAGAGUUGAAGAUGCAGAAGAAGGUGUUCCCACUUCAGCUCAAGCAAGGGAGCAUGGCAACAAGAGUCCAGUUAAAUUUAUCUCUGAUCAGGUUGGAGUGGCUGCUGAUAGUCAUGAGAACAUUUCAAUUCAGGCGGAGACACAUAACCUCAUGGAGAAUGCAGAGCAGCCUCCAGAUAAUUCAAAUGUGUCUGUAGGUUUUAGUUGUUCAGACAGGACCUCUGAGAAGAUAGAUGAUCUACCCAAUUGUGUCGUUAGGGUAGCAGGUGAUGAAAAGUUACAGGCAGGGGAGAGAGAACAUGAUAAGGAGAAAAGCCUGUGUCGUGAGGCAGGCCAGUAUGAAUUUAAUACAUUUGAGGCAAAAGCUGCACUGACAACAGAGGAAAGCAUUUUGGACUUGGUUGACCAGAGCCCUGAGAGCAGAAGUCGCGUGGAGCCAAUUUGUCCUUCGAAGGAGGCUGCAUGCUGGCCUCUGAAAUCUGCCUCUGAGAAGAUGCCAUGUUGUCCAGUAAGCAUACAGGAGAGAACAGGAGCACCCUUAGAAGGGGAAAAGCCAGCUUUGGGGGAACUUGAUACAAGCUUCCAGUAUCCCUCUGAAGGCAAAGGAGAAGAACCACCCGCAAAUCGUGUGCCAUCCAGUUCGGAAGAGGCCACUAACACCAGCACUGAUCCUGUAAGUCACAGCGAGGCUGACAACAUGGCAGAUGAGAGCUGGGAUGCCCUGUUUAAUGAUGAUGGGGAUUGCUUGGAUCCACAAUUACUGGAGCAGCUGUCUGCCUGCACUCUCCGUGGCACAAAGCUACAGGAGCCGCAUUUUGAUUAUUACAACUAUUCUCCAGCUGAUCAGGACAUGAGUGACUCUGAGCUGCCACAUGUCAUUGAAAUCUAUGACUUCCCACCAGAAUUCCGCACUGAGGAUCUGCUGUGUGUCUUCUGCCAUUACCAGAAAAAAGGCUUUGACAUUAAAUGGAUAGAUGACACACAUGCUUUGGGUAUCUUCUCCAGUCCCAUCACAGCGCGGGAUGCUCUCAGUACCAAACAUCUGAUGGUGAAAACCCGUCCCCUGUCACAGGCUACACCAGCUGCAAGGACCAAAGCCAGAGCUUAUGCGGAAUUCCUGCAACCUGCCAAAGAGCGUCCUGAGACCUCAGCUGCUCUGGCCAGGAGACUGGUGACAGGUGCCCUUGGUGUGCGAAGCAGGCAGAGCAAGGCCGAACGCGAAGCUGAACGCAAGCAGUUGCAAGCAGCUCGAGAGCGGAAGCUCUUGGAGGCCAAGCAAAAGGAAGAUGCCUGGGAAGGUCGUGAGUGAGUCAGCAGCCAGUGCAAGAAGAAGGAAGUUGAUCAGGCCUGCUUGAAAACCUCACAGAGUGGAACUGACAAAUGGCAGCUUGUGCUUAGAGCAUUGAGGGACUCUACCAUCCCCUUUGGGGGAAGCAAUAAGAUACGGGGAGUUGGGAGUGCAUUGGAGUAUCCAGACAUGCCAGGGUGAGUCAUGUGAACUCAAGCUACUGGGCUGACUGGAAGGCUGUGACAGAGUGGGACUGGAGUCUGGCAGUAUCUCAGGAAGAACUGCUGUAUUGUUAACAGUCCUGCCAGUGUCCGAAUGCCAUAGAAUGUAAUCAAAAUGCACUCAUCACAUUAGUUUAAGGCAGCCUGGAUGCAGGGCCUAUCUGUGCUCUGGGUCACUGUGCUCAGUGGGAUGGGACUGAACCGUGAUAGCUUUUAGAUCAGGCCCACCAGGAUGGCCAGGUGCCCAAUGCUGAGCUUGCUAUUAAAGUUGAUUUGAUUUUAUAUGGUGUCGUGUGAUGCAGGCAGCUUUACUGCCUCCAAGUAACUCUAUGAAUCUUCAGCACUGGAAAGUAAGCAGAGGUAUGACAGCAACUCAAUGAGUUACUAUGGCUGGACUUGACUCAGACCCUCCUCUUCCAGAUCCUUUAGAAUGGAGGUCAACAGAAGAUGCCCAGAAGGAAGGGGCUUCUCUCUCACAAACCCAUUCCUGAUGGGACCCUCGUAGGUUCACCUGAAGAGCUGAAAUGAAAGCAACUCUUCCCCUAUGGGGAACUCAGGCUCCAGCUGGGAGACCCUGCUACCCAAACAGACUCUGGACCUCCUAGCAGAACCAUUCCUAAGAGCCUUUAUGCACUUGUGUGGGAUUCCCCUCCUUGUGGCAGGAACAUGUUGGCAGCAGUCCUUGCAGCAUGUCACGCCCACCCUGUAAAAACAGGCACAAGUAAAAAGCAAGCCAGCUCUGGCCGUUGGAUUUCACUUUACAGGCAUUCCCUCCCCUCCCCCCCGCUGCCGCCCACUCCCCAGGAAUGCAUCUCAAAAGACCAGCAAACAAGGUCCUUUCUGUUCUGAGCAGCUGCGUUACCACCACCCAAAAAGCAGGCGGAUUGGCUGCUUCCUGUAAAUGUACAUCAACAACACACCUUUGCCAGGCUGGGCCGGAGAUUCCUGUGGUCAGACACUCCCAGCUGUGCUUGGGGUCAAGCCCUCUAAUUCUUGGACCAAGAAUUUUGGUUGUCUCCGCUUGGUGCAGAGAUCAAGAUCCAGAUACAUCAGUCUGAUCUUGCUACCGCAACAGCAGUAGAUAGCAAUUGCUGCUCAAACUCUAGACCAACACCAUCUGACCCAGUCCAAGUUGUGGGUCAAGACAGCCCAUCAGAGGUAAUGUUGGAGGUGGCAUUUUGGAAGAGGGGGGAGCAGAGUUCACUAAGGUGUGUGUGCCUGGCGUGCCACAUUGACCUAGUCGGAGGGAGACUGGAGAUACUCUCUGGGGGACAUUCCACUUGAGACUGCUCGGGGUCAAAUCGCACACAGUAAGCCAAGGCAGCUCUCAGAGCUGGAAUGCUCUGGCAAGCUGCCUGUUGCUGGCCAGCCAGACUUAACAGCCAUCUCCGUAUCUGGAACAGCAACCGGUUGUGUCUCCAUUUGAGCAGGGUGGAGUGCUUGCCUGUGAUGUGGGCAGUAUUCUGGAAUAGGAGCGGAUGGGUAGUGACUGCUUUUCCUGGCAGUUCUAAUAGUCUAAUUUCCUACUCUGCCAAGCAAGUGAUACCUGAACCAAGCCCUGUCUAUUUGAUCCAGGUAAAUACUCUCCAAUCUGAUACACCAGAGUGGCUAAAUUGGGUUUCAUUCCCAUUUAUAGUUUCUGGCUGUUUGCAGAGCCUCCCUGCACGAAAGGCCAGCAGCAUUUGCACCAGAGUAGACUAGCCAUCCAAGUAAUUUCAUUUCUACUUAGGAACAAUUGCAUUGAAGCUUAUUGAGGAAUUGUAUUUGAUUCUUUAAGGCAAAUAUGCAGAUCAUUCUUUAAGUUGGCAUACCCCGGGUCCUAUGCUUAGCUGGUCCCAUGCCUUAUUCCAGACAGGAUUUGUCUUUUCAAUCCGUUAUUGGCCUAUUUCCUGUACUCUUGUCAUUUCUCUUAGGAUUGCACUGUUGCAAAACAUGCCAUCGAAUUUGAGAAGUAUUUUAAUUAUCUCCAGAAACAGAUUUAAGAUUUGUCUCCUCAAUGUUGCUUUAAAACCUAAACACCAAAAGCGUGUAGUGUUUCAGAUCUGAAUUAUGCAAAGAGGCUUCAUAUCUAGCAUAGACACCUCACCUUCCCCAUCAGCAGUUCCUUAAAAAGAAAGGCCAUUUCCUAGCCUUUCAUAAUAAGCUCUAUCCAGGAGUGAAAUUCGACUUGUUCUAUCCGGUGUGGGUGAACCGGUAGUGGCAGCAGCGGGAGGCUCCGCCCACCCACCCUAUGUCAUCACGUCCCGUUUUUGACACUCUGCGCAUAUGUGUGCUCAGAUUUGCAAACCAGUAGUGAAGAUAAGUUGAUUUCAUCCCUGAGUCUGUACUCAAGAAAAUACAUGCAUAAGUUGAGUUCAGAAGGCAUUAAAAGCAUCUGUGAAUGCUCAUGUGCUCCUGGAUAUGUGCCCUUGUAUCAGGGCUUUUCAGAUUCCCUGCCUCGUCUGGCUUUCAAUUUUUUCUAGUUUCUCUUAAUUUUAGAAGAAGACAGAGAAAGCAUGCAGAACAUGCCUGGAUCCUUUAAUCUCAUUAAAAUAGUUCUGCUCUGGGACAUUUGACCAGAAAGUGAGACUUUAAAUGAAGAUCACAACACACUCCAAGCUCAAUUGCCUUGCCACAGUGGGUUUGGGGGUGGGGGGUGGGUGGGUUUCUCUCGGUUACUUUUUCUUUUAUAGCCCCUGGCUUGAUCUGCGCCAUUCUUGAACGCAGUUUUUUUGGAAGAAUGUUUUAUUUCCAGCACCAAAUUAUUUUGCUUGCUUUAUUUCCCAUACCAGAUUUGGCCCUCGUCUGUUCAGUUUUCAUAUAAUUAUUGUGCUGAGGAGACACAGUAAAGUCCUGGGUCCCUCUGCAUAAUUUCUUUCCAAUGCUCCCAUUGGAUUGGAAAUAAUAAAAAGAAAAUGGAGUUGUUUCUUGUCCUUUUUUUUGUCCUUUGCUACUGAUACAAUCCUGUGUCCCAAAAACUUUUGCCAACCAGAAAAAUUGAUCAGCACAUUCAAACACAUGUCAGUGGUAGAUAAAUUAAGACAGGUUCUGCCCAUUUUUAUUAAUCAGCAACUCUGUUACUUAAGUAUGGCACAGAUAUACAGUAUUAUGUAGAAGUCAUUCAAAGAUCUCACUUAUUAGAGUAACAGUAUGUAUGAAUACAGCAACAAUCCAAACUUAUGUGGGAGGAGGGGGUAAUUGGCAGCCUACAAAGAAAUAUGAGACAUUUAACCCUCUAAAGUACCAGCCUCCAGCAUCAUCUUUAUUUACAAUGAUUCCUCUGGGUCUCAUAGGCCUUCUUAGAAAAUACAAGGGGUGGGUUACUGCAGCCCAGGGUUUUGUUAAAAGGCUGCUAUCUGGCCAGAGAAAAGGCUAGCUAAAAGCUACUUAUUUAUUUUGCAAUAUUUGUAAAUCACUCUAAUCUCCGACACUCUGGGAAUUGUAGGAGUAUCAUGGGAGCUGGAGGAAUUAACAAUCAGCAAUUUUAUAGAGUUGCCUUCUGGUAAUGGGCUGUUUGUGCUUGCUAUAAUAGCCACUUGGGGAAAAGUCAAGUCCACCCACUCUUCUCCCACUCACGGCAACCUGUGGUGUGAGUUCCUGUGAUGCCCUCACAAAACUCAAGCCUGGCUCUGACUCAAAUAGGUUGGAGAUCCCUGAUAUCAAUUAUGGGCUGGUCAGUUGGACAUUCUGAAGCAGCAGAGGAGCUUGCUGGGCUGUGACUCUCCAUCUCUCCUGAUGGUUUAAUACGACCUCCCUCAAAGGCCUUCCUCUGACUGCAAGCUCAUUCUCACAAAUUUAAGCCCACAUUGAUUCUUGAGCAUUGCUGGAUCCUUUGCAAGAUUCAGUGGCACAGACCUAAAUCUGUGCCAGCAGCUGAUUUAUUUUUUUCUGGGCAUUGAACAUUGGUAACCAUAUUUAGAUUUCACAUUCUGAAUAUUCCCUCACUGCAGCCCUCCUGAAGUAGAGAGGGGGAGAGCAGAAAUGGGUUAACACAGAGUCAGUCAUUUGGUUCAAAGCAAGAAUCAUUUUUAAAAUGGCAGAAUGUUUCUAGGUGUUUUCAUAUCAGAACUGCAGUAAUCUAAGGAAUAACCUGGCCAUUGUUGAUUUCAUAAUACAGUUAUUGAGUUUAUUUGCUGCACAUUUCAAGAUAGAAACUUGAAAAAUCUGAUCCGGCCAAUUCUGGCUUGGGCAUCAUGCCCAUUCUCCUCUGCAGUGAUCUUAUCGUGACUCAUGCACCUCUUUACCAGGAAAUAAUGUUUUAGCUAAAUUCAACCCUUUUGGGAUUUUGAAAACAUUUAAUACUGAAAAGUAGUAUUGAAGCCGUAUCACAAAUGUCUAUGAAAUAAGUAUCCUCCGGAGCAAUAUGUUUCAUUCAUUCUUCAUUUCUUAAAUCCUCAGUUUAAUUCAGUUUAGUUGGAAUGAGAGUUUGGAUGUUUGCCCUCUAUUAAAGGAAU